GUGGUACAAUGUGGCGAGUCCUCCUGCACUCACAGGACGCAUGAGAGCUGAGGAUAGUCGGAGCAAACUGAAGCAAAGUUGGGGUUAAAGUCAGUCUACCUCCCAGAGUGACCAUGAGAGUCCUCCUACUCAUCUGCAUGCCAGCCCUGCUGCUCGCCCAGGCUCAGUACCAGGAACCCUUUCCUUUUCUGGAGGACUAUGGGCCGGAUUAUUUCCCAGACUCUGAAAAUCCUGACUCUCCUCCUGGAACCUACCAGCAGCAGGUUCGCCUCCAGCCAGUGGUUCGUCCAGAAAAAUCAGAUUCCGAUCUGGAGACAGAGCCCACAGAGCCUGGCCCACUUGACUGCAGAGAGGAGCAGUAUCCCUGCACCAGACUCUACUCUGUUCACAAGCCAUGCAAGCAGUGCCUGAACAGCCUCUGCUUCUACAGCUUGCGACGGGUGUACGUCAUCAACAAAGAGGUUUGCGUGAGGACUGUGUGUGCACAUGAAGAGCUGCUCAGAGCGGACAUGUGUCGUGAUCAGUUCUCUCGUUGCGGCGUGGCGGCGGUGAGUGGUCAGUGCUCAUCGAUAGGAGGAAGCUGUGGGAAGAGCUGCGGUGGCUGCUGAUGGAUUCAGAGAUCAGGGACACGACCUGCCCAGAUACUGCCACUUCUUCUUCAACCCCUCCUCAUCCUCUUCCUGCUCCCACUUUCUCCUGACUUUACCUUCUGACUCUUUCCUGUAGGCCUACCAAUUAUUACUCCUGUGCGAAAAGCACUUUUUUGUUGUGUUUAUCUUUGUCUUUUACCAUGUAUGUCUGCCCAGUAGAUCCUGUGUGUAUGGAUGAAUAUACUCCAAAGAACAUUGAUGAUUGUAUAAAUCGCUGGUGCUACAACAUCAUCACACGGGUGCUAUAAAAACGAAUAGAGAUGCACAUAAGACUGCGGAACAUCUUAUUUCUAUUUGGCAUAUUGUACCGUAUUAAUCUCGUGCUUUGUGUUUGUUGGUAUGUUACUGUACUUGUGUUGAAAAGCAGUCUCAUGAUGAGCAACUCAUCAGUGGGGGCCCCUGUGCACUGACAUCAGAAAAACGAAUGAAUAUCCAGCCAUGGUAGAUCAUGAGAUGCGUGGUGAGAGACCUCAGUGUUUGUACUACUGCCACCUGGAUCUGUGCUUAGCAACCGAGCUUACAUACAAAUACUUCAGUGGCAACAAGUGCUUUCGAAAGGCAUCUCACAAACGGCCUCUGUACUACUGCUUUGUAAAACUGUCAGAAAACUGUCACUAUAAAGACUGAGAAAAAAAAUAAACUUUUUUUACUACAUCUGU